UGUACUAAUGUUAUAUGGGGACAAGUAAUUCCAUCAAUUUGAAUAGCUUUCGGUCACUUGGGAAAUUAGACUAAGCACACGAUGACUUUAUUUUCCGAGUUUAGUUUGAAAAUUGGCUUUGCCAUGCGCGUUUCUUUGGGUCGUCUUUGGGGCUCCCGGCUGUUGUUGGUGUUGAUGCUCUGCCUAAAUAGCUGGAUGUCAGUGGGUUCCAUCAAUUGCCAGCCUUGUAAAUUGCUAGAGGCGCGCAAAGCACAUGCAAAUGAAACGCCGAACAAUUUCAAUGAUACGGCUGCUAUAGCAAAACAUUGAAAACAACAA